AUGGAGUGCGUGAAAAUGUUUCUUUCGUCAGUGUGAGGCACGGUGUAGUUAGUUCAGGACUUAGAUCAAGAACGCCUUAUUUAGGACUGCAAUUAACGAACCCGCGACAACAGCGUCCUCACGGUGCCAAACAGCGCAAAGAAAAAAUCAGAAUCUCUGUCAUUCAACUCGACACUCCUUCCCUUACACUGUCCAUGUAACAAACAACACCGUUUCUGGAAGAUCAUGACAUGAAUGUCAUGGACUUGCCAGUAUUCGUAUCGGACAUGUCUCAGCGCACGCAUGGAAUGAACUGAACUGCAAAGUGAUUGCCGUUUUGCGAAUCCGCAGCUAUUCUGAGUUAUUGGGAGAUCGCCCUUCCGCGAAAGUGGGACUGAAUUUCUCAACAAAAAAUUUGAACAUGUUAUAAGAUCCAAGUGAAGAUGUAUUUUGUCCUGCACGUGCCACGCCUACCACUCGAUGCGCAACAACAGCAUCCCCCCAGAGAACAUCGUCCACAUGUCUAACGAUGACGUAGCUCACGACCCCGAGAAUCCCAUCCAAGGAAACCUCGUCAACGUUCCAGAAGGGCCGAACCUUUACCCUGGAUGUGAAAUGGACUAUCGGAAGGAAGAAGUUACACCGGAAGUCUUUCUCAAAGUUCUCGCUGGCGACAAGGAGGGCGUAAAGGAGCUGAUUGGUCGUGACGGUAAGGUAAUUGCCAGCGGUCCUGACGAUCAUGUGUUCGUCUAUAUGAUUGAUCAUGGAAGUCCAGGGGUCUUCUACUUCCCAGAUUUGACUGGGCUGCACAACACCGACCUCAUCAACGUCCUCAAUCAGAUGUACAGAGAGAAAAGUUACAAGGAGAUGGUGAUUUACAUGCAGUCCUGCUACUCGGGAAGCAUGUUCGAAGGUCUACUCCCGAACAAUAUCAAUAUCUACGUUACAACAUCCGCCAACGCCCACGAGGGUGCAUAUAUGUGCUGUUGGGAUCAAUUUCGUAAAGUGUACGUAGGAAGUGUCUAUGAUAACGCCUGGAUGUAUAACACAGACAAGACAAAUCUCCACAAGGAAACACUCUACCAGCAGUACGAAGUGGUGAAAAAAGCUUGCAGCACAGCUAGAGGCGUGAGUCACCCCCAGCAAUACGGAUACCUAAGCAUGAACAAGGAAGUCCUAGCUCAGUACCAGGCAAAAUCAGAGCAGUACACACCCGGGGUCUGUCGUAACACACAGGACACAGAUGAACAUACUCAGGGGUCAAAGUUCACGUACGCCGGAAUUGACCUCAACAACCCCGCCCUUGACAUGGUUCAGAUCGCCACCACAGCCCGUCGCCUCAUCGAGUCCCGUGAUCUCAGUGGUCAGAAACGGAAAAAGCUCGAGGCCGAAUUACGCCAUUUGAUGCUGGUAAAGAAAAAAGCCGAAUCGUUGACCAAAGACCUGGUCAGGGCAGCCUUGUCCAGCCUCAGAGGUGUGACGGAGACCGACAUACUGACCGGCAAAGAGCGAGUAGACAACUCUGAGUGUUACAAGGCCGCCCUGAGCCUUUUCUCUGCCCGGUGUCCUGGCAUCGACAUGGGGAGGUACCCAUUCGCCAGGAGAAACCUGCAGGCCUUUAUCAACCUCUGCAACCACCAGCCCCAAAUAGACGUCAUGAACGCUAUCAUGGAAGUCACGGAGAAAUACGGAAUUUGCCGAGCUCUGUAGGUCCGGCUGAUCAACUUGUCCUCAGUUCCUGACGUCUACCCUUCCUUUGAUUUCUACUUCUUUAUCCACUGUCUAAAGUUAUUGUUUGUAGUUUGUGAUAUUUUUCACUUUAGUUAAUAAAAAAAAGGGUUCAACUAA